UUAGAGACUUUUAGAAUUGUACUACUUUGUGUAGAAAUUCAAACACAGCUGCCUUAAUAUUCCCAUCCUGGAGCAGUUGGUAGAUGUUUUGGGAAAUGGCUGUAAGGACUUGUCAAGCUAAAACGAGGUAAAUUUAAGCUGGUGUUGCUGGAUGGCUCAAAAUUCUCUACCCCACUCUUCCAGCCCAAAAAUAUUGCACAGCAGAAGUUGGCAAAACUUUGGUUUCUAAAACCAACAGCUGCUUACAUCCUUAUGCCUAAUUAUCGCAGGGCUUGGUAAAUAAAAGCUUCCCUGUGGAUGUAAUUGCAUUUGCCUGGUAGUCUUAGCUGACAUGGGGCAGGGCCAGGGAAGAGAAGACGAGAAGCAAAAGAAAACAUUCCUCUAGUUUGGAUUUUUCUUCUUCUGAGACUAGCUGUAGGCUGGGUUUAAUCAAACACGGUUAACUCAAAACUUUAGAGGGAGGGAAAGGGGAAAAGGAGAACAUUUGCAUGCAGUUGAGGAGGAACAGCUUUGGAACCAGUCAUGACUUGGAGACUCUUUGAAAGAUAAAUUUCAAGCAGAAUUUGUUGAUUCAACUUUAGGAGCAACAGGACUACUGUAAGUUUAGAGAAACUGUUAGAGACAGCUGGUUAAAGGAUGUUUGGUGCUUCUACCCCUCCUGGAAUUUAAAGGCAAUUUUCGUCUUCCGAAGAAGCAUCCAUCUUUUUGAGAAUGCCUGUGCUGAAUAGGUUUUUCAGUGUGUCGGACAAAGGUAGGCAGUGGGGGAUUGACGAAGAUCGGAUGCCCUUGUCCGCCGAGACCCUGCCUGUCUGUCAACAGGGAAUUCUAUCUUGGGGUUUGCCUGAGAAGUUCAGAAUCAUAAAGCUGAUUUGGAAAUCCAAAAAUGAGCUUGCGGAGACGAAGAGGAGAGGAGUUCCGGAAAGUGGAGGGAGUACUCAUGUUUUAUCAGGAGAUGUACGCCUGAGAGGUCAGACAGGGGUUCUUUCUGAGCGACGUGGUUCCUACCCAUUCAUAGACUUCCGUCUUCUUAACAAUACCAUUUACUCUGGAGAAAUUGGAACAAAGAAAAAAGUUAAGAGACUGCUAAGUUUUCAGAGAUACUUCCAUGCAUCCAGGCUAUUGCGUGGAAUCAUACCACAAGCCUCACUGUACUUAUUGGAUGAAGACUACCUUGGUCAAGCAAGGCAUAUGUUAUCCAAAGUGGGAAUGUGGGAUUUUGACAUUUUCCUGUUCGACCGCUUGACAAAUGGAAACAGCCUGGUAACCUUGUUGUGCCACCUUUUUAAUAUACAUGGACUUAUUCAUCAUUUUCAGUUAGAUAUGGUUACAUUAUACAGAUUUUUAGGUAUGGUGCAGGAAGAUUAUCACAGCCAAAACCCGUAUCACAAUGCUGUCCAUGCUGCUGAUGUCACGCAAGCUAUGCACUGCUACUUAAAAGAGGCCAAGCUUGCUAACUUCCUCACCCCUCUGGAUGUUAUGCUUGGAUUACUGGCUGCUGCAGCACAUGAUGUAGACCAUCCAGGAGUCAAUCAGCCAUUUUUGAUAAAAACUAAACAUCAUCUUGCCGGUUUAUAUCAGAAUGUCUCUGUAUUAGAAAACCAUCACUGGAGAUCUACAAUAGGCAUGCUUCGAGAAUCAAGGCUCCUUGCACAUCUGCCGAAAGAAGAGAGUCAUGACAUUGAACAACAGCUUGGUUCCCUGAUCUUGGCAACAGAUAUCAACAGGCAGAACGAAUUUUUGACCCAGCUGAAAGCUCAUCUAAAAAACCAGGACUUGAAAUUAGAGGAUGCUUCAGACAGGCAUUUUAUGCUCCAGAUUGCACUUAAGUGCGCAGACAUUUGUAAUCCUUGCCGGCUCUGGGAGUUGAGCAAACAGUGGAGUGAGCGAGUUUGUGAGGAAUUCUAUAGGCAAGGUGAUCUGGAGCAGAAAUUUGACUUGGAAAUAAGUCCUCUUUGUAAUCAGAAGAAAGACACAAUACCUAGUAUACAAAUUGGCUUCAUGACCUAUAUUGUGGAGCCACUCUUUGAAGAAUGGGCCAACUUUACUGGGAACACUCAUUUAUCUGAAAACAUGCUGAACCAUCUGAGAAGAAACAAGACCAAGUGGAAGAGAUUGCUCCCUAAGCAACAUGGCAUCCCCAUUGACCACUCACUUCAAAUUUCUGAAAACGAAGAGCAGACUUUUAAUGAAGGAGAAACCCCGUAGAGGUGGUACAGCAACAAAAUCCUACAGAUCUGUAGGCCCAUCAUCAAGACAGGAAAUCAAGAAAGCAGGAAAACUGAACAUGAAGUAACCUCCUAUUGGAAAACCUACAUUAUUUGUAGGUUUGAUUCUGAAGUGCCACCAAAUCUUCCUUCUUCAUCUUAAUAUCUGAAGCCAUUCGUCACCUCUGCUCUCAAGCUUGACUAAGAUAAUGAAGCUGGACUGAUAAGCAGGAACCAACUAAUAGGAGUAGUGGAGGACACAAAGAAAGACCAGUGCAUCUUGGGUUAUCAAGUUGCAUUAACUUUGUGUGAUAUUGAGACAGGUGUUGAACAAAGGCUUGGAGUAAUGUACAGUCAAUUGGCAGCUGGGCUGCACAUUAAAACUCACCACCAGCAUCAUCAGAACUCAGAGGACAUUUGGCCACACAGAGAGAAGUUUUAACUGACUAAAGUCUUUUAUAAUUUUUGUAUUUGAUGCACUGGAAAAGGCAUUUAAAGAACCUUGAAGUAAGGUUAUUCUGUGUACACAAUGAUUUUUUUCAUGGUGGUACCCAUUGAUCAUUUUAAGCCACUUUAGAUAAAAGACUGACAUUCUCACCGCAAGAACAAUGUUUCCUCUCGAAUCAAAAGGGAAGAGCUGUACAGUUUAAAUGUUCCCAGAUGUCUCUUUUGAUGGCUGUAUCUGUGGCCUGUUUAUAUUCGCACUUGUAUGUUUUUCAUUAUAUACACUUAUAUAUAUAUAUAUAUAUAUAUAUAUAUAUAUAUAUAUAUAUAUAUAUAUAUUCUCAUGCCAAAAUACAAGUAUCAUGGGAAAGCUACCGUAUAAGCAAUGGCACUGUGAACAAAAUACUGUUAGUUUUAGUAUUUGUAAAUACUAUUAAUAUACUUUCAUUUGUUUGCAGAUAAAGGCUCCAAGUUCCAGCAUACAGUACUUUAACUUUCUGAUGGCUACUGAAAGUCUUAUAAUUUAAGUGUGGCCUGUUUUCAUUUGCCCAGCCAAGGAUUACAUGGUCAAUAUCUGCUGGAGGUUUUUGUUUGUUUGUUUUUGUUUGUUUGCAGGUUUGAUUUGCGUUCAUUUGUGGGCAUGAGUUCUAGUAAUUAAUGAAGAUGCAAUUCAGCACAAUUUUUGUCAUUUUUUAAAAAAAACUUCAAUGGAUAAAUCUAUAAACUUUGUUUUAUGUAAAAAUGCUAAUGCCAAACUGACCAAAUGAAAUUGGACCUUGAAGCAGCCAUAUCAUCAUAUGCAUCAUAUCAAGGAGUUUUGUUAAAACUCUUCAAGAUUAUUAUGUAUGUUGAAAGGCAUUUCCACUAAAAAUGUAAAAAUAAUGGCAGAGCCAUAAUCCUACUUAGUUUUACUCAGAAUUAUAGUUGCCCCCAAGGGGUGUCCAGUUCUUUUUGUCAUAAACUUGAGGUACACUACUCUAUCCAUUAAGGCCAGAAUAGGCAGUCUUAGACUCUGCAGUGAUUUGAAUGAUACUUCUCACAAUCUCUUGCCUACCCCCGGUUUUGUUAUGAGAAUUGAAGCUCAAAGUAUAAUUUAUCCCUGCAUUAAUGACUCACUUUGAAGUUCGGGAUGUCUUUUGAAACCAAACAAUGCUACCAAUCAAAAUUUGCAGAAACAUGCUAUUAAUGCAUGUAAAUCGCUGAAGAAUUAUCCAGGUUUUCAGGGAUUUUUGACUUUGCUUGUUGAUUAGGUUUAUAGUCUGUCUUUCUAUCAAAAUGGUACACAAGGCAGCCCUCAAUACAUGGAGACAGAAUUUAAGAUGUAAUGAAAAAAAUAAAAAGUCAGUUAAACCCAUUAAAGUUAAAGCCUAUUUCCGCAACUUACAGUACUUUUAAUAGACUGACAGGUCAACUUGAAGGCUAAAUGACUGUUUUAGGAAUACCUUUGUGUGCCUAUAACAGAGGGGUGGGAUUAGAGGUGGAGAAACAUCAAAGAUGGAGCUGACUUUAUUCAAUAGUACUGGAGACAAUUUUGGAUAGGUCAGUUCUGCUAAUUAUCAGUUCACAUUUUAUUAUAUGAAAUGCACAUGGGCUACUUCUAAAAAAGCAAAUGUAUUCUCCAAAUCAACAUACGCAAAAAGUAUAUGCAUUGUUUAAUAGUAUGGUAUUUUUUCCCUAACAAAAUCUUGGUAUUUUUGAUUCAUUAUAUUUUACACAUUAUUUUUAUGUUCUUGCUAAUUACAUGGAUAUCAUUUUCAAAGAAUACAGCAACACUACAAAGAAGGGAGAUUUCACACUACAAAGAAGGGAAAUUUCUUGAAAAAUGAACUUUGAACAGGAAAGCAACUGAGCCCAGCUUUCUUUAUGUAUCAAAGAGCAGAAGUGGCAUAACAAUGGCAGAUUUUAACUCUGUUUUGUAUUGAAGAAAAAAUACCAAUCAUGAUGAAAUAUAUAUAUUUGGAAUAGAAUGCAAAAAAGGUAGUUGCAUAGUAAGGCAAAUGAAAGCCUAAGUCAUAUGUUUGCAAGUCAAAUGAAGAACAACAUUCCAUUUGGAUAUUAUACAGUAAGGCUAUUGGUCCCUUUCUUCCUAGUAUUAAACUGAUUUCAGCAGUAACACAACGUCAGGAAGUCAUAAAAAAGCAAUGUUUUGAGUGUGUACAUCUUUACUGAAAGAUGGGGGUAGGUGGGUAGUGUGAUCCCCAGGAGUUGUUGAAUUCUAUUGUCUACCAGCCCGGUCAGCAUGAAAAAUAUCAAGGGACAACUAGACUGGCAGACCAACCAAACCUAUAACAUAUCCUUGCCCAACAGAAUCCUGAUUGGUCCUUGGUGUUCAUUGAACUUGGUUGUUUUCUUGCAGAUGUUCAUUACCCAAACUAAGAAAACAACCAAGCUCAGAGAGCACCAAGGACUUCAUUUCAACCCUGAGCAACAAAUAUUCUCCUUUAUUUGAAUUUUGAUUAUUCUCAAAACAUUCUCUAAUACUUAAACUUCUAUCUUUACCGUUUUCAAGCAACCUCCUUAAGACUAAUUUACAGGCCAAAGUGUGAAGAUUAUCUGUUUUCAUUCCUCAAGUUCCCAGCCAUGGAUACGAGCAGUGCUCAAUUAAAAAGUUAGUUUGUUCUAUGAUUGAGAAAUGUAUGCGAAUGCAGCCACCACCUAGAAGUGCUACCCUUGUAUUUUUAAACAUAAUGUAGAAAGAAGUCGGUGGUCAAAUUAGAAGACGAGUCACAAAAUGGUGAAGCAAAAAGAAUGUAUGACUGAGUCUCGAGUUGAAUUGAGAACUUAGGCUGAAAAAUGCUUCCAACUGGUGGAAGCAUUGAUCAACAAUUUGGAGGGCUUGUAGAAAGCUUUAUAUAGGUAGGGACAGCAGGAUUCAGCAGAGAUAUUUAGCACAAUAGGACAAAAACGAAUUGAUUGGAUUUCAAUAGUAUUUUAAUUCUUUUAUUUAUAAUAGCAUUCCUGUGUUUUUUCUGAAGAUUUAACAAAAAAUUAAAUACAAAUUUGCGGAAGAAAAAAUCAGUUACCAAAGUUCUCAAUAUUUACUGUAACCAUUUUCACAUCAUUCCAUAAUUGUAAUUCAGCAGACUCUUUAUUUCAGGCGCUGUGGGCCAUUCCUUUACAUUGUCACGGCAUGAUUAUGAUUUUUCAAAGUUCUAGCCUUGAUUUACUUGGCUAAUACUUGCCAUCCAAAUGCAGGUUCUUUACACCAACCCCUCCAAGCUCAAAAUAGCUCCAGCAAGGUAACGGGUUAUACACAUACAUACAUAUAUACUUACAUUUAUUUCUCAGAUUUUAUUCUGUCCUUGCACUUUUUGUGUCAGAAGAAUUAUGACUUACAAAACCUACCAAUUUUCAUAGAAGUCCACAUGUUGGGACGGUUUCUAAUUCUAAUGGAAUCAUUGUGAACAAUUUUAUCCUGUUAUGCCAUGCAUGAAGUACUGUGAAUUCCCUCUUCAACACAAGAUUUGAGCAGAGUCCAUGAUUAAAAAUUUUGUGAUUACCACAAGCAGGGUACUACAUCAUGGGGAAAAAGUGGUAGGAGAACAUUUUGUUUUUGUUCUACUAUAUCAGCAGCACAGUUCUUGAAUAUUCUAUUCACAAAAAUUUAAUAAAAAGAAAAUGUUUAAAUUGGUUAUUAAAUAUUCUCUGCCAGCAUUUUUACCAAACAAAAAGAUCUGAUAUGUAAAGUGCACUUCUGAGCAAACAAAAAUCAAUGACGAUUGACGUCACUGGGAUCAAGAUUCAAUAGCCAUGGGUGUAAGUAUUAUCCAUUAAGCUGAAAGAACCAAGCUACACUUCGACCUAAUGCUGAAAUGUCAGUUUGUUUUUCUAAUGUCUGUUGAAUAAGCCACAUCAUGAACCGAGCAUAUAGAUGAACAAUGAAAGUAUGUUUUUUUUUUCCUUUUGUCUAAUGGUUGCUGUUCUCAUAAAAAUUGUGAAUACUUUGCAAAAUGCCUUUUCAUCUUUUAAGAACUGGUACUUAUGUAUUAUUUUAUUGCCAUAGGCUGACACUAGAAAUUAAGCAAGCAAGAUUAAUACUUUUCAGGCAUCAUAGGAAGAUACUUUGUUGGUCUGUGGAAUCAAAAAAAGUAAGUUUGGUAGCGCUUUUUAUGGUUAACAAAUCUGUAUUAAAAUUUGCUACCAGAUACCUCCUGAUUUUUUUUUUCAAUAUUCAGAUACUUUCAUCUAUUCUAUGCACCUGUUGCUGUUGUGCUUGGUGCUAAGUUUGUCAUCUUUUGCUGUGAGUUCGGCUUGUUGCUUCAUGGCUUUGCUAUGAAACUUGUAAGCAAAUCUGAAAAAAGUAAGAUGCCUUUUCAAAUGAAUUGAAGGAAUGCAUGACCGCUUUUCUACUGGAACCACCCAGCACUGACUUCAAGAGCAAUCUCACUCCUACUUCAGCCUUAACUACAGAUAGUCCUCAAUUUACCACCACAAUUGAGCCAAAAAUUUAUGUUGCUAAGACAGACAUUUAUUAAAUGAGUUUUGUGCCCUGUUUUACAAGCUUUCUUGCCACAGCUGAUAAGCGAAUGACUGCACUUGUUAAAUUAGUAAUAUGGUUGUUAAGUGAAUCUGGCUUCUCCAUUGACUGCUUGUCAGAAGGUUGUCAAAGAUGAUCACAUUAGGGGUGGGUUCUAAUUUUUUUUACUACCGGUUCUGUGGGUGUGGCUUAUUUUUGAGCAUAGCUUGAUGGUCAUGUGACAAUUCUUUAGGAUUUAGCAGAGGUACUGGUCUACCAGGCUUUUAACUGCUUGCAGAGCUGUACCGGUCUACCCAUUUGUUUUUUGAGGCACCAGUCUACUCGUUUGUUUUUGGAGGCAUUGGUCUACCCAUUUAUUUUUGCAGGAACCCAUCUACUCAUUUGUUUUUGGAGGUACCUGUCUACCACCACACUGCCUUUUAACACUGAUCAGCUGCAGGGCGGCCCUUUGAAGCCCCGCGGCAAGAGUUUAAACUGUUUUUUUCCUUCUAGCCGAUCAGCUGGGACUCAGGAGGCAGCAAUAGAUUGGGGGUGGGGCCAAAUAAAAGGUAAGAAUAACGCAGGGGGGGCAGAACCGGUUCGGUGACAUCAUAUCGUCACCGCUACCGGCUCUGUGGAACCGGGCCGAACUGGGAGGAACCCACCACUGGAUCACAUGACUCCCGGGACACUGCAACUGUCAUAAAUAUGAGUCAGUUACCAAGCGUCUGAAUUUUUACCCCAUUACCAUUGGGAUGCUGCAAUAGUGGUGUGAAAAAUUGUCAUAAGACAGUUUUUUCCAGUGCCGUUGUAACUUUGAACAGUCACUAAAUGAACUAUUGUAAGUCGAGGACUAGCUGUAAUGAUUUGGCAGACAGUCUUAGUUUUGUUUGUAUGCAGUAAAUCCCUGAGCCAUACGCAAUA